AUGGCGGAGGCGGCCUUGGACGCGGUGCGGAGGGAGUUACGAGAAUUCCCGGCCGCCGCCAGGGAGCUCAGUGUGCCUCUUGCUGUGCCCUACCUGGACGAGCCCCCCACUCCACUGCACUUCUACCGAGACUGGGUCUGCCCCAAUAGGCCCUGCAUCAUCCGUAACGCCCUGCAGCACUGGCCAGCCCUGCAGAAGUGGUCCUUCCCUUAUCUCAGAGCCACAGUGGGCUCCACAGAGGUGAGUGUGGCUGUGACCCCAGAUGGUUAUGCAGAUGCUGUACGAGGGAAUCGCUUUGUGAUGCCUGCUGAGCGCCGCCUGCCCCUGAGCUGCGUGCUGGAUGUGCUCGAGGGCCAGGCCCAGCACCCGGGAGUCCUCUAUGUGCAGAAGCAGUGUUCCAACUUGCCCACCGAGCUGCCCCAGCUGCUGUCUGAUCUAGAGCCCCACGUGCCCUGGGCCUCUGAGGCACUAGGAAAGAUGCCUGAUGCUGUGAACUUCUGGCUAGGAGAGGCGGCUGCAGUGACAUCUUUACAUAAGGACCACUACGAAAACCUCUACUGUGUGGUCUCAGGGGAGAAACGCUUCCUGCUACAUCCACCCAGCGACCGGCCCUUCAUCCCCUAUGAGCUGUACACACCAGCAACAUACCAGCUAACCCAGGAGGGCUCCUUUAAGAUGGUGGAUGAAGAAGCCAUGGAGAAGGUACCCUGGAUCCCACUGGACCCACUGGCUCCAGAUCUGGCCCGGUACCCCAAUUACAGUCAGGCCCGGGCCCUUUGCUGCACGGUGCAGGCCGGUGAGAUGCUCUACCUGCCGGCCCUUUGGUUCCACCACGUCCAGCAGUCCCAUGGUUGCAUUGCUGUGAACUACUGGUAUGACAUGGAGUAUGACCUUAAGUACAGUUACUUCCAGCUGCUUGACUCCCUUACUAAGGCCUCCGGCCUCGACUGAUGGAGCUCUGGUGAACAUUGCCAAUGACAAUGGUGGGAAAGGUCGUAGCCCUCCCUGGCCAGGUCACGUCCAGAGGCAACCUGGAGUCAGAGGGUGCUGGCUGCCAGCCCAGCUUGCCUUGGGAUCAUCGCUGGGGAAUUUGGGGCCAGACAGGUCUGGGUGUGGGUUCCCAGGAAGUUGCCACACUGGUGAGGCAGCAGCCUGUCCUGGAGGAGGAGUGGAGCUUCAGGUGCAGUGCUGCCUCUCACCAACACUGUGGCUUUGGGCGACUUGCCACCUUGGAGCACUGGUGUCCUGUCUGUAGAACAGAGAAAAUGGUGGAUCCUACCCCACGGUUGUGAGGCUUGGAGAAAGAUCUUUAAGGACCAUAAGGGCUGGCACGGAGGGAAAUG